AUGUCAGUCUACAAUAAAACCGACGUCCAUUCAAUAACCUUCAUUCUCACUGGCAUUCCGGGUUUGGAGGCUGCGCACAUCUGGAUCUCCAUUCCAUUUGGUGUAGUCUAUCUUUUAGACUUAUUGGGGAACUCUUCCCUUCUCUUUAUCAUCACGACAGACCCCAGCCUCCACAAGCCAAUGUAUCUGUUCCUCUGCAUGCUGGCAGUGGCUGACCUUGUUGUGUGCACUACAGCUGUCCCCAAGCUUCUCAGCCUCUUCUGGUUUCAGGAUGGAGAGAUUUGCUUGGAAGCCUGCCUCACCCAAGUGUUCCUGAUUCACUCUUGCUCCACCAUGGAGUCUGGCUUCCUCCUGGCUAUGGCUUUUGACCGUUAUGUAGCCAUAUGCAAUCCAUUAAGACACUCAGCUAUUCUCACAUACCCUGUAAUUGGUGGAUUGGGACUAGCUAUCGUACUCCGAGGCACAGCACUUCUCAGUCCUCAUCCUUUCCUGUUGCGCUGGCUUUCCUACUGCAGAACCAACAUAAUUUCCCACACCUACUGCGAGUUCAUGGCCCUGAUCAAGCUUGCCUGUGCUGAUACAAAAUUCCACAGAGCCUACAGCCUCAUUGUUGCCUUCAUCACUGGCGGGGUGGACUUCAUACUGAUCCUUUGUUCCUAUGUCCUCAUUCUCCACACUGUCUUCCACCUCCCUUCCAAGGAUGCCAGGCUCAAGACCUUGGGCACCUGUGUCUCCCAUUUCUGUGUCAUUUUAGUGUUCUACACUCCGGCCUUCUUCUCUUUUCUCACACACAGAUUUGGGCAUCGAGUAGCUCCCUGUGUCCAUAUAUUUGUGGCCAAUAUCUAUCUUCUUGUUCCACCCAUGGUGAAUCCCAUUAUUUAUGGAAUAAGGACAAAGAGAAUAAGAGACAGAUUUAUGCGAUUUUUGUCUUUUUCAGGCCCCAUAAGGAAAGUAAAUCGAAACCUUAAAGACAUGGGGUAG